UUCUUUUGCAGGAGUUUAAGAUAUCGUGUGUUAGUAUUACGCUAACAAAAAAAAAGUUUCAAAAAAAAGAAGGAAAGAAAGAAAAAAUGUGCGCCGUUUCUAAAGAGUGAAGAUUAGCUGUUUUUAGCUAACAGUGAGGUGAUUUGUUGCCAUGGGUACAACACAAGGUGGCAACUCUUGCGACGUAAUUAGAGGAGCCCGGUGUAGAUUAGAGCAUCUCUUUUACUCCUUAAUACCCCUGCAGGCGCCGUUCAGCUAUUUGGCUUUAAGGGUAUAAACUCAUGGUUACAGGGGGUAAAAAUACUCCGCAGCUCUUACAUCAGUGCACUCCACGAUGUAUUUUUGGGAGCUUCUCCCAUUCGCCUCAGAGUGGUUACUGGGUGUCUUGUCAUUGCUUGCUCUGGAUUGUCGCCUACAACGUCUCUGUGUGUGGGGCAGAGACGCGGCACGGAGCUGAGCGUCCCGGGAUGUAUUUUUUUAUUUUUAUUUUUUUAAACAUGUGAAAUUAAAAACAGCGCAGGUUUAGGACACAGCAGAAAACCUGCACGUUAUUUAAAAGAGAGAGCGAGAGAAAAUACCGUAGGGAUUUGCUGCAGAAUGAGGGCUUAACUUCACCCCAGUGAAGAUAUGGAAGGGACUCGAGCGUCCUGCGUGAGCGCUGCUGUGACUGCUCACCCGAGCGCUGCUGUUUGGCCGACGUGGGAUUUGAUCGGGUUUGGAUAACUUUUUCUGCCACUGGUCACCACUUGAAAAGCAGCUGGAGUUUACGAGAAAGCAUGCCGAACUAUUUGAAAAAUGUUUCCUACUUAAUCCAUACGGAGAAUCGAUGGAUCUACUUAAAGAUUUGCUUUGUGAUCGUACUCUAACAAUCGAUCCAGUGAGGUUAUUGUUUUAAUGUGUUCUUUUAAUGCACUUGAGAAAUGUGGAGCGCUUUUGUGAACGGCGCGGGGCUGCACAGUGGGGGCGGUGCUGGCGGGGGAUACGUCCCUUCUCAGGGAUGGGAGUUUGUCCCGUGCUCCAGGAUGGAGAAGACAGACAGAGGCAAGGGAAAAAAUCGCAACCCGUUGAGGAGGAUCUCUUCCCCACCCACGGUCUUCAGUCAGAUCUACGACGCGCAGCUCGGUGCUUCCCCUGCAGGUGCAGAGGGUGAAGCGGGGUCCCAGCUUGAGAUUCACAGGGAGCAAAUGUGGCCAGGUCCAGAACCCCAGCAGCAGCAGCAGCAGCAGCAGCGGGAAGCCCAGCAUACACGGCUAAAAAAGAAAUUUGAGGAUCUAAAAAAGCGACACGUACAUGACAAAGAAGAAUGGAUGCGCCAGAAGGAGUCAUUGUUGAGAGAAGUGGCUGACAUACAAGGAGGGGAGAACAGGAGGAUUCUGUUGGACCUGAAGACGGUUUUAGAAGAAGUGCAGGUGGAGGUGAAGAGAGAAGAAGAGAAGAGAACAGAGCUCCAGUUGCAGUAUACCAGAGACAGAUGUGCAUGGGAGCUGGAGAAAGCUGAACUUAAAUGCAGGAUUGCACAGUUGGAGGGUAGAGAGGCUGCUGGAUUGGUACGUGGAGGGGUCCAGUCAGCAGCAGGACCUUGCUCUUCAGCUUCACGGUGCACUCGAGAACAGCACGGUGAGACAUCGACGACCUGCAGGGAGAGGGAAGAGCAGCAGAGGAUCCUGUCAGAUACAUAUUCUACGGCCAUGGACCUGCGCAGCCGCCUGGAGCACAGCGAGAAGGACUGGUUGAGAGAGAAAACUGAGCUGCUGGAAAGGUUUGACGUGGAAAGAAGGGAGUGGGAGAGCCAGCUGAAGGAUAUGCAGAAGAAAAUAGAAGAGCUGUACUGUGAGGUGAGAACCAAGCGAGCAGGGCCUGGACUGGACAGUGGCAGACCGGAUGCCGCCAGUGAUGCUGUGCAUAGACUCAGCAUCCGCUCUACCAGUACAGGGUCGAGUCUUCUCAGCGAUAACUGCCACUCGGAGCCACUCAGCAGCAGCAGUCAGUCAGAACCAAACAGACAUCCGUCUUUACCUGGACUUUAUCACAACAGAAGCAUCAGUGUUGAUGGUGGUUGCGGUAACAAAAACAGUCACCACUCCACCUGCUUCCAGAAAGACAGUCUGUGUGAUUUUAUUGUUGGUAAUGAGUUUGCUCGGAGCCAGUAUUCACAACCUAAGCUUGUGGAUGUAUUAAAAUCUGCAGGGACUUGGCAGCAAAGCUCAGUCACUGAUAAUAAGGAAGAUGUGGAUACAGCAGAGCUUGAUGCUGAUUAUCAUGGAGCCCCAGAAUGUGGAGUAAAAAAGGAAAAUGUUUGUAAAGGCAAUGAGGAAAGAGGCCUGAGCGACGGCAGUGACAAGAAGACGAAUACGAUUGCUCUUAAUGCUGCUCUCAAAGAGAUUGCCCGUGUAAGUGAGGAGCUUUGUAGUUACCAGGAUGAGAUCAGAAAGAAGAAGGGAGAUAAGAGGAAUCGAUCUGAAUCUCUGUGCCUAUCUCAGGAAAGUGACAUACUCUUUGGCCAUAAUGAAACGCCCCUAGAUGUGGAUGAAGCUCCUUGUGACCUCAGCCAGAUCUACGAUUAUCUCCUGGCCUUGGAGAGGGAAAAUUGGAUCACUUUGUCUCCAGGUAACACCUGGCAAGUAAAAAAAGGGCUGAGUGAAUCCUGGACAACAAAUAACACUGAUCCAGAUGGCUACACAAACACACAGACAAGCCAUGGAGUGCACUCUGAAAUGGAUACAGCAGCCCCACCAAUCCCUCCUCGGACCUCCUCCUGGAAUCUGAGCACUCCCACCCAUCCGGACACAGAACUGCACAUCCCAGAAUCUCCAAUAUCAACUGUGAAGAAGUGCCAUAGUCCCUGCGCUUUAGUGGACAGAAAGUGUAGCAGCCCAUCCAUUGUCAGGAAGUUUGGGGCUAUGCUACAAGAAAAUGAAGGAAAAGUUUUUGUAGAUGGUGUGGUAGCAUCGUGCUCGGUGCCUGCUAACUCUAACUGUAAUUUGGCCUGUUGCCAUAACCGCUGGUCCUGUGAUACAAGCACGUUCACUAACAGUAAGUUGUCCACAUAUGGAUCUGUGCAGAAAAGCUUCUCUGAAGUCAACAUACGGACUGCCAGGAAAGAUCUGUGUUCAGAUUACUGUCCAGGUGUUGGGAAUUUAAAAGGUGCUGAGGCACAAACACCUCCAACUGUCAGAGAUACUGUCAGACCUGUAGAGUUGCUCCUGUCCUCACCUGUCAGCCCCAACCUUCAGGGAUCCAGAAGAAACAUAAUGCUGGAACAAAAAACAGCUGAGUUCAACCGAACUUUAUUUCAGGCAGAGAUGGGCCGUGGGGUAGAUGGAGAAGACAGUCUUAAUGCAACGAAUACCAGCUCAGUGGGUUUCCAACCGGUCCAUACAGAAUCUGAGGUUUUACCUUCCAAAGAGACUAUGUUUGAGCCACAUUUUACUGAUGCAACCACUAGCAUCAUGGGUGAGCAUCCUGAAGCAACUGUCUCAGAGUCUGCAAUACAGAACCCUGAGGUCCAACCAAGGUCAGUAAGAUGCACCACUAAACCAGAGGAGGCUAUUAUAAAGCAAGAACCUCUUUCUGUAUUUUCAACUGUUCCCCCACAGGCUGUUCUUAGGGAAGCAUCAGUACCCUCUCAUAAUCCUGCACACCAUUGUGAGGUCAAGCACAAAGUUCGAACAGCAAGCAGUCCUUCGAAGAAAACACAACACAGAGGAGCAACAGAGGGUCUUUUUUCUGAACCGGUCUUGCCUGCAAGUACUCAGCCAGCUCAGCCUGUGGAUGAUUCCAGCUCUAAGAAAGAGAAUCCCCAUGGAGCAAAGGCUCAGCCAGUCAGAGCUGCUGUUUCACUCCAGCAGCUGUCUGCUGAGAACAAACAAAGACAGACGGCACAGCCAAGACAUGUUUCAGGGUCUUCCUGCCAGUCUGACCCCUCCAGACCUGGGCCUCGAAUAAUGAAUGACCAUCCGUGGAAACCCCUCACUCUUGCUGCAUACCCGAGGCCUGAGGGAUCCAGGUCCAACUAUGGAGCAGUUGAAAGAAUUCUGAAAAAUUAUGAAAGUGCAGCUCGGGCACAACAGAACCAACAGAACGAGAUGCAUUCUAACUCUAACCCAUUCUUCAGUGCUGCACAUGAGAAGAACGCCACAGAACUGGACAUGCUGAAUGUGAACCCUCUGCCUUUACCUCUUACUUUGAGACACACACAGAGUGCCCCAGUCAUGCACCCCAGUCAUGCACAGCUAAGCAGCCACAGUGCCAGUGGUGUGAAAGAGAUACAGCUUGUAGUGCAGGAAAAUGAAGAGCCUUCCUCCACCCACAAGAGCUUUUCAAGACCUGCCCGCCCAGCCAACCGUCGUCUCCCCUCGCGAUGGGCCAGCCGCUCCCCCACUUCGUCCUCCUCCACCUCGUCCUCUCCCUCUACCACUCCUGUUGUGCCUCCAUCCAUUCCCCUUCAGAAGCUCUCCUCUUCUUUUACAUACUCACAUGCCUUUCACAUUGAGACUAUCAUCAUUUGAUCUUCACUGUGUGACCGAACCAACCAGAAGCCUUGAAUAAUAACCUCUGAAUUUUGAACCUUUGCUUUUUACUGUUGUAUAUAAAAAUCCAGACUGCCUCUUAGCUACUACAGACUAAGAAGUGCUUUAGUUGUGAGUUCAUCAGCAAACUCUUAGAAUGUAUGGUAUCCAGUGGAGCCUAAUUGACCAAGAAAGGUAAGAAAGUGUCUGAAGCAGCUUCAGUAAUUCAGCAGUACGCUCUGAUUAAUCUGCUAGGAAUCAUACCUUACAUCCGACGUUGAAUACAUCACCUUCCAAGGAAUAACACAGCCGGCGUGUUAUUUAUUUAUAUUAACCAUCUGAAAGGAUAAUCUCUGCUCAGGUCUGGAUUCUAGCUUUGACUAGUGUAGCCUUGCUAAUCCGUCAACAACAGACACUUCACUUCUCACUCUGAUAUAUAAACUGUAUUUACACAUUGAAAGUGAUGUUGAUUCAUGAUAAAGUGGUUAAACCAAGUAAAAUCCAAAAGAAUGUGUUUACAAUGUACUUUAUUUUGUAUUUUGCGUGCAUUGUGUUUAUGUGCUUUUUUAGCACAAAGUGUGAUAUUACAUAUACAACAUGUAGCAUCAUGUUGACUUCAGAGAUAAAGAUGGUGGAUUUUCUUUUAGCAUUACUUUCUCCCAAACAAAGCAGUGUCAGUUUUCUGCCUUCUUGAUCACUAUCUUCAGUACAUGCCUGGAUUGUACCUUGCCUGUGACUAAAACACAUUGCUUUACACUUACUUGUGGUUUUAAUUUUUCUUUACUAAGCAAAAAGAACAUUUACUUGAUAUCAACAGGUUAAAUGUGAGUUUUUUUUAUAACUUGGUACCAAAGGCUGAUUUAUUCAACAUUUCCUUCUUUUUUUUUCUUCAAUUAAAUGCAUUGUUUGUAAUUACAUUUCUUUUGUCCAUCCACUUCUGAUGUUUUCUAGAGUUUCUGUCAAAACUAAUUCUUGAGCUCCUGCUUAAUUGCAUAACAUGGCUAACAAUGCAUAUGAAAGACGUAGAACAGCCUUUUUCUCUACUUUUCCUAAUUCUGAAUGGUCACAUAUCAGGACAUUACUCAGCUGAGUAGUACAGUAUUUUUGAGUCAAAGUGGUAAAUCAUGAAAGUGAUGCCUUUGCUGUUCAUUUUGUGUAAUAAACAUAAGGAUUUUGCUUCUCUUUUCA